AUGCCUCCCAAGCGCAUUCGUACCAUCACUCCGCGCACAGCCUCGCAGCAACAAACGCUCUCCUUUCACGGCAAGGACAACAAAGUCACCAAAUCACAAUCCCCUCGCACCGCCAAAUCUACCAAAAAGGACCCGGCGCUUCUCGAAAGUCUCGUCUCCCCCGAAGCGCAAGAUGUGAAGGUGGAGGAUCCAUCUCCAGAUCUGGAACAACAGACAACGGCAGAAGCCGUCAUUUCCCAGCAAGCCGAAGAUGAAGCUUCCACAAUCUCAACCGUAGAGUCGGUUCUCGGGGGUCGCGCGCCUCAAUCUACCGCUGGCGCAACUGGUGGUCCCGCGAAUGAUGGCUGGCUUGGCGACGAAGAAGCUCGCGCGCGAAAGGUCCCGGAAACGCAGAUUAACAGAUAUUGGAGAGCUAAGGAGUCGGAGCGGAAGGCUCCUCGAGUGCAUCAGGGAGAUUUGACGACACACGAAAAGAUUCUGAGAGAGUGGGACAUGCAGAGUUCAUAUGGGCCUUGUAUUGGCAUAGCACGUCUGAAGAGGUGGAAGAGAGCCAAUGCGCUGGGAUUGGAGCCGCCAAUUGAGGUGUUAGCGGUGCUCUUGAAGGAGAUGAAUGAAGGUGUGACGAAAAGUCAGAGGGCACAUGUGGACGAGCUGAUGAGCAGUCGAUUCAUCGAGACAUGAGUAACGGGAGAACGGGGAAAGGGAGGGCAUUCGGGCGUUGUUAUGAGGUGACUCGGCCUACGGGCAACCAUGCCAGCACGACACGAACAGGCGCGCGGGUAGCGAUUGUUCCACUGAGCUAGCUAAUGAGGCUGUUACUUUGGUUUUUUAAUGACGAUGUUUUCGCAAUAAGAGCGUAACAGCAGUUCUUUGCGGU